AUGAUAAAAGACUCAUAUCAAACUAAACAACGUCUAAUCUCGACUAAUCAAGAGAGCAAUCACUUAGAUUCAAAUGCUGACUAAUAACCCACUUAGGACUACAACAGAUCCAGUAUCAAUGCUUCACAGGCACCAUAAAAGCCAAGAGGCUUCAAUUUGAUUAAGUAUUUGGACUUGCAGGAUAGAAAGUUAAGUCGCUGCAUUCAUCAAGCAGAAUUGCCUCAUUUUGAAUAUCUGAUAGUGGCUUUUGGCACGAUCUUCAACCGCCUCUACUGCUUCAUCCCUAUCUUCAUAACAUGCGCAUUGGCAGCUCAACAACCUGAAAAGCUAACUAUUCUGAUGACAAAUCACUCUCAGAAGUAUGCCAGCAAGUUGGAGGAGAACGGAGGGAACAAAUUAAGCUUAAGUUUGUUCUGGCUCAUUUUCAACACCUUCUUGCUGCUUAUUCUACUCUUCACCACUCAGACUCUGAAGAGGCUCAUAAGAAGAAACAGACCAUCUGCUCUCAGGGUUGCAAGAAAGAUUAACCUCACUGAUAUUGAAAAGGGAACACUUUCAAUGCCAAGUGGAGACACAGCUCAAGCAGCUCUCUGGUGUGGACUGAUGAAUUUGUUCUUCUAAAGUCAGACAGUCAUGUUUAUGGUCCCUCUCGUUGCCCUCGGCAGAAUAUACUAUCAAUGCCACUAUAUUGGCGAUACCUUAGCCGGCGGUAUGAUUGGUUUCUUCAUCGCUAACUUGGGCUUUGUGCACUUUGAUAGAAUUGCUUCUUUCAUAUUUCCUAUGGUCAUCUGA